AUGUCACAUUCUACACUUCUAACAGUCUUCUCCGGCAGCCACUCCGGCCGGCGACUUCCGGCGUCGAUGCAUACUCCGGUUGGGACACGUCCGAUCAGAAUAGUAAACCGGGUCUUAGAUUCCGCAGUCCCCAUUAGAAACCCCAUCAAGAUCCUGAAGCCAUACUCCCUGCUCUCCGGCGGCAAACGCAUCUGCCCGAUCGUUUGCCAUGCCGCCUGCCACCUCGUCGGCGGUGAUGAGUCGGCGGCAAUGCCCACGGCCUGCGCUCUCGAGAUGAACCACGCCAUGUCCCUGAUCCACGACGACCUGCCCAGCAUGGACAACGACGAUCUACGGCGAGGGAAGCCCUCUAGCCACGUGGUCUACGGCGAAAACGUCGCCGUCCUGGCCGGACCUUCACUCCUCGCCCUCGCGUUCAAGCACAUCGCCGCCGCGACGCUCGGCGCGCCGCCUGGGAGAAUCGUCCGCGUCGUCGUCUAA